GUUUGUCACUGUUUUACUGUUUUGUUGAGAACUAAUUGUUGAUGUUGCUGUACAUUUAUAUGAAUUAAUUAUUGUAAUAAUAAUUAAUUUAGCAAGAUGCAAUCACAUAGUGGUGUUCCUAUUCUUCAAUGGAGUCCUGACAAAAAAUACAGCGAUAGGGAAAGGUGGAUAUGCAUCUAUCCUGCAUACAUAAACAGCAAGAAGACUUUAGCUCAAGGCAGAAAAAUAGCAAAAGAAAAAUGUGUUGAAAAUCCAACACACCAAGAGAUUAGAGACGUCUUGGUAGCAGCUGGAAUGAAAGUAGGUGUCGAAAACAAACUCUAUAGUAGAGAAAGGAGUAAAGAAUUACAAUACCGUGGUCGAAUUAGAGUACAAUUAAAGAAUGACGAUGGAAGUUUGUUUAAUUCAGAAUUUCCUACCAGGGAAAGCAUUAUGAAUCAUUUAGGAGAAAUGAUUCCAAAACUAAAAUCUCGACUAAAUAAAGGUGCCGGUGAACAACCUCUUCAGAGUACUGGUAGUAAUAAAGGAAAAGGUAAAGGCAAGGGACGAAGAUAAGACUUACAAAAUUCCAUUUAUUUUUCAUUUCACUUUUUUUUUUAUUAAAAAUCAAAUUAUAUUGUAAAUUGUCUAUAAAUUAAAAUAAAGAGAAAUAUAUCUACUAAAAUGUCAUAAAUUCCAUUAAGAAUGAAAAGAUUAUAAGCUUUUACAUAUGUAAAUCCAAAAUAA